CUCUGACACCUAAUUACGCCUCUAACCUUUGUCUUCAACGUUGAAUGGCCAGGUCAAUGUAAUUUCAAUACUUUGUCAGCUCUCGGUAUGCAUACUAUUACGAAUUCGCUCAUCCUCAUUUUGUUUGCUAGUUUUACACUGGCGGCUGUCAAUGAGACGCAACAUGCUCGCAGCUACUUCUUCGUUGGAGGCGAAUAUGUUGAGACCACCGCUGGAACAUUGAUCCAAAACCAGAUGUACGUGGAGAGGUUGAGUCCUGCCCACAUCUCACGUCCCUACCCCAUCAUCCUCAUGCACUGUGCUGGCCAGGAUGGAACGAAUUUUCUGAACAAGCCAGACGGCGGAAGAGGUUGGGCAUCCUGGUUUUUGGAAGCGGGAUACGAAGUUUACGUGACCAUCUCUUCACGGUUCACGGCGGUCCAGACAUUUAAUCUGUGGCCCCAAGCAAAACUGCACACUCAGUGGCCUGGUUCUGGCAUGCCGGGUGACCUCAUCUUCGACGCCUACUACCAGUCAGUCGUCCAAGGUAUCGCCAACGCCACCGAGCAUGAACGGAUUAUGCAGAAAGCUGGAAGCGCACUUCUAGACAAGAUAGGUCCUUCCAUCCUCGUUACUCACUCUCAAGGAGGCGUGCACGGCUGGUCCAUUGCCGAUGCACAACCAGACAAAAUCAAAGCGCUGAUUCAGAUUGACCCCAGAGGCCCGCCGUUUCAAGAGGCCGUCUUCCCGACGGAUUUCUCUAGACCCUGGGCUUUGACUUCCAUUCCCCUUACUUUCUCACCGGCGCCUACAAACGCGUCUGCGCCGCUGGCAACUCAAGUUGUUGCGUCGACGACAGCGAACUUGACGGCUUGUGUGAUGCAGGCCGAGCCAGCACGAAAGCUGCUACAUAUUGCCAAGGUGCCGGUUUUGGUGGAGACGGGUGAGGCGUCCUAUCAUGCCGUGUAUGAUCACUGCACCGUGCGGUUUCUCAAGCAGGCUGGCGUUGAGGUGGAACACCUGGAGCUGGGCAAGGUCGGUAUUCAUGGGAAUGGACAUAUGCAGUUUUUGGAGAGGAAUAGCGAUGAAAUUGCGGCCAAAUUGCAUGAUUGGAUCGUCAAGACCUUGGGCGACUAAGUUGUUUGCAGCAAUCUUAUCGUCACAAGGGUGGUUUAUACCCAUCAAGACUGGCCUCUGGAAGCGUAUUAGUGAAGGCGGUCUGAGGGGUCGUGCACAGGAAAUAGGGUCUGCUGCGGAUAGGAAGAAAGAAACAUGCAGCUCGCGAUGUAUUGAUAAGCCCGAGUUGAAUUGUGUAAUCGC